AAGAUAAAAGCAACGAAAAUUCUUCAGUUUUUAAGCAUAAAAAUAUGUAAUCAUGUUUUAUUUAAAACCAACGAUAAUUUUUUUACUCUUAUUGUCAGUGACACCUUGGAGCGAACAAUUCCCGGGGAUAAUUGCGGAAGACUUGCUUACGAAAGUAAUCAAUGCGUCGAUAAACCUUCAGUACAACGCGGAAUUUUCUGACGUUUCUUACGAUCAAAAAUUAAAGUUCUUUGACGCGUUUGAAAUAUUCAAUUCUUCAUUCGCUUAUAAUUAUAACUACAGUUACGAUUUUGUUAAGAGUGAGACUGAGAAAAAUAUACUUGAAGUGUUUUUAAAAAAAUCGGAAUUUGUUAAUGAGCUGUUUGACUCUUUUGUUAGGAAUAAUUUUGGUUUAGAGGAUAAUAAAAAGUUUUUUCAAGAAAAUCUUACUCGUAAAGGGUUUAAGGAUUUAAAAAAGUCAGUUGAUUUUGUUGUUAGGAGAAUUGUUGUUAAAAGUACCGAAGAUAUUGAUGAAUCUUUGAAAAAUGUUUUGCAAAUUGUGGUUAAAAAUUGGAAAUUGGAAAAACCAUGCAGAUCAACUUUAUGGGAACAAAUCAUACACAUUUAUAAUUUAGGAGUGCGGACAAUAAUUCAAGGACACUCAUUAGUAAUUUUCAGAUUAAAAUACCAAAAAUUCAACGCACUAUGGGAGAUUAAUUACGAGAGCCGACUUGCCAACAUUGUAAAAAAUUAUAAAAAUACAAUUUUGGUAAUAUCCAGAAAAACACGGUACUUUUUGAGAACUAAUAAUAAGAUUGCGCAUAAAAUAAAUGGAAAUUGUCCGCCAAAAAAGUGGGAAUUAGGAUCUCAUUACGAAAAAUUCCGAUCAAUUGAAUUAAAAUUCGGCCAUAAUAGUCACUUGAAAAUAAAUCCUGAUUUUAUUCAUCGUUUUCCAAGAGUCAGUACUAAUUUACACUGUGCUGAUACCGAAAAAAAUGAAGUUGUGACUGGAAUUAAAUUUGAACUCUAUAACAACACUUUAUACCCGACAAUUCAAGUUGGAAAGCUUGAAAAUGGAUCGAUUGAUCCCUGGAGCGUCUACUGGCAGCCGAAAAAUAUAUCUUACGGAACCGAUGACACUGCUGUGAUAAAUGUAUUUGCUGAUGAGACGUUCGUUGACAUGGGUGGUGUCAAAUUAUCUUCAGCACACUUUGUUACCGGACUCAAAUUUGAAUUAGCCGACGAUAUACUAAGACUUUUAGUAGGCGCAAGUACAAUAGAAGAUGACGGGCUCAAUCCGUCAAUCACCGAGCCAUAUUGGGACACCGAAAGGAACAUCGAGGACGAUUGGAUAAACUUUUUGGAAAUCUUCGAUGACAAUUACUACUACGACCCAUCUUUCGAACCCGUUUUGGACAUCCGCAGUCUAACCACCGACCCCCCUAUGCCCUUGGGAGGAUUAGGUAUUCGCGACCGAUCUUCUAAGAUGGACAGUCAUGAUAGUGACGAAGCGCUGCGGUUCAUUUCUCCGUACUUUGUGGUGUUUAAUUAUUACAAGUUCUUUUCUAAUGAUGUAAUUGAUGAAUUUGAUCGGAAAUUUUUUUAAUUUUACUUUUAAAAAAAUUUUAUUGUUAUUUUAAAAAAAUAUAUUAAUAAUUAUUAUCAUGCGAAUGGAUACAUAUAUUAUCAGUAAUAUAAUACCCCUUUUAUGUGUCCUAUAUCAAUGUCAACUUGUGUGACGUGGUUAUAAAUACAAAAGUGAUACAAAUAUUAAAGCAAAGGAGAAUUCCGAGGGAAAAUGUCGCCAUGUAUCCCUCUUAUAUUUCUAUUCAUUAUUGUUCCGACAUGACAGCUAGACGUUUUUCUGAUAUAUCUGAUAAUAAUACAUGCUAUUUUCAACAACCAUUAUCUCAACUUUGAUUACUGUUAAAAUUUA